AAGCCUUGCCAUGAGUUCAUCCACCUGCAAAGUUAAAGAGAAAUGGGAAUAAGAAGCAAAAGUGCACAACUUCAGAAGGCAUGGAACAGUAUGGACACUUCUCAUGUGCUCAUUUUAAAGAAUAUUUGAUGCCGCAUAUAUUUGCUUUUGGAUGAGUAUAAGAAGAAGAAGACUUUGCUCAAUUUUCACUUGAUGUGCUUAAUAUUGUUACAUUUGGAACUGUGAAUAUGGUCAUCCUUCCUUUCUUGAGGACAAUCUGCGUUGCAAGAAGUCUUUGGUUAUAGAUCUGAGGAAACCUGAGCAGCUGCAUACAAUCCCAUAAAGAGACAGCUUUAUUGUCUGCUCUGUGAUGAAACUGAAACUCAGUCAAUCAAUUGCACAUAUCCCUCACUGUUAUUAUAGACAUCUACUAAAGGAGAAGUCAUUUUCCUUGUUGAUGCACUACCACAACUAGGCUUUCAUAAAAUCAAACUACCUGCAGAGUCUGUGGAUGUUGGGGGAGCGAAAGGGACAAGAGAAAUGGUGAGCAAAGAGCCCAACCACCUGCUCACAGGCCACACCAACGGCAAGAGCAGCCUGGCGGACAAGUUGCCUGGGACAAUGACUGUACGCUCAGUGCUGCUCAAUCGGGACUCCCCAGAUAUUGAGAGUCGCCUCAAGAGGCGCCGCAAUCGUACCCACCAGGUCCGCUUUAAAGACCUGGAGGAUGGCAGCAGCAGCAGCGGCAACAGUGGAACAGGAGAAAACAAUAGCCAUCCAAGGCCUGCCACAGACUGUGACAGCCCACAUCCUCUCCGUAAACACAGCAGCAGAUCCCCGCUGCCAUGGUCUGACAGGGAUGGGCCACAGACUGACGGUCUACCUGGUCAAACCUCCGUGGUGGGGGCUGUCCGCGGGGACAUGGCAAGUACUAUAGAAGUGGUGGCUGCGUUCUUAGCCAGGGCCCCUCCACAUCCACUGACACCGGGUCCUGCACGUCGAUGCUGGGCUCCACCACAGACUAACUCCUUAACCUUGCCAAUGACACGCAAGCCCAGUACAAGCACCAGCACAGCCAUUCAGACCUCCCCAUGCCUGAGGAAGCCCCAGUCCAUCUCUUCCACCCAAACACGUAGCCACAGCCUCGGGGACUCAGUGGGUGUAGAUGGGGAUGACGAACAUGACUCUCAAGAUGAGUAUCUCACACACAACCAUGUGUUGCUGUCUGGAUCCAGGGACCAGAACGGUCCUCCUGGGCCUGUUGAUCGAAUUGUUGUUGAACGGAGGUCUAAAGCCUCCAGGACAGACAUUAAAUCAGCUGUUAGUAUGGUGAAAAACUCAAGGCACAGCUGUCCCCCUUCAGUCUUUCACAGCACUGAGCCAUGUCACUGUUCCUCUGUGACUUUCCGUGAUGUGUCUAAGCGACAGGGAAGCAGCACUCCCUCGGUGGUCAGGAGGAGAAAGCGGCUAAAUCGGACAACAAGCGAUCCUGGAAAGGAGGUGCACUACAGCACCAUACCCACUCAGACUGAAAGCCCCAGUCCGUCUCCUUCACUCUCAAAUGCCAAACUCUGCACGACUCAAGUUCAAACUGAGACCCCGUCCUCACCUCAAAAUUCCAAGUAUUGCACCGCCCAAAGUCAAACUGAGAGUAAACAUCAGUCCCCACCUUUGAGUGACAAACAAUGCACAACCCAAAAUCAAAUCAGAAACACUUGUCUGGCCCUACCUCCCAAUGUUGAACAGUGCACCACUCAAAUACAAGCAGACUCUCCCUGUCACUCAUUGCCAAAUAAUCAACCCUCCACUAUCCAGACACAAACUCACAGGCCCUGUGCUUCUCCACCUCCAACUGUAUCACCAAGCUCAGUCCAAAUUCAAUCUGAGAGUCCUGUAUCUCCAACCGUGACUCAAGACACUCCCACAACCCAAACAACUACUGUGCCUUACUCUACCUCUUCCCCGCCUACAGGUGCAGCAACACAGACUCCAGGACACCAGGUCAUGCCACCUUGCUCCACUCCUGCCAAUCCAGUUUGCACGACCCCAACUCUGCCCAUAGCACUGUCAGUCCCUUGCACCACUUCUACACCUACUAUUAUCCAAAACUCUAUCUCCUAUUGUACUGUUGUGUCAACAACAACAACACCCAGCACAGCUGUUGUUUGCUCCAGUCCUUCCUCAACUGCACCACCAUGCCCCACUGAAAACUGCACCUCUCCUAUCUCAAUCAUAGUAUCAUCCACUCCCUUAACCGGUUCUACCCCUACCCCAACCACAACUGAGAAUAUGACUCCCAUUGACCCCACCAGGCAUCUAACAACUACCCCAAACGUAACACAUCAAGCACCACACAAUGCAUCAUACACUACAUCUCCAACAAAUCUAACACCUUGUACAUUUGUAACCCAAACUGCCCUGUCUUGUACUUCCAUAUCAUAUUACACUACCACACAUUCAAUUGGUCCCCAUACCCCUCACUCGAAUUCUACUUUACCAUCUUAUGCGACUCUCAUACAAACUGUAUCUCAUUGUAAAAUACCAUGCCAAGCUCUGCAAAAGACUAUCUCUGUCAACACAGGCAUAACCCCCUACUCCUCCCCUGUCCCAUACUUAAAAUCUUGCACUUCUCCACCUCCACUCUCCGCAUCCACUCUUCCAAAUACGCAAACGUGUGCAACACCAACUAAAGCCGUUCCUCUGUACUCUUCCACAUUUCGUGCUGCACCACCAUACACACCCCCUUCUAAGGCCCCCAACAAUGCUCAGGAUAAGCGGGGCAUUCGACUUCCACCUCCUCCCCCACCACCUCCACCCUACACGCCUCGUAAAAAAGGAAACGAUCCACCAGGUCCUGCAAUUCGAACACCCGUGCUCAGGGCAGACAGCAAGGCAAAUGUGAAAGAUAAAGACAGUGAGAAGGAGACAAAGGAGGAAAAAAAACAUACAGACUCACCCAAGCUCUGUGAACAAGCCAGCUCUCUGAACCACAGCGCUCAAACCCCGUCAGUUGGUGUGAUGAAGGGGGAGAAGCAGUCCCCCUCAUCUUCUCCUGCCAAGGCCUGUUUUAAGCCCAGCUGUCUCAGCUCAGCCCAGGCUCAGCUUGGGGCACUACACAAAAUGCUCUGCUCAGGAGCCAACGCCAGGCCCAACACUCCCAACAGCCAGCACCCUCUCCCUCCAAACCAGCAGGGUUGCUCUGGAGCCAGGGGCUGCUCUGCUUCUAGGGGGCAGUCUACAGCUGGGCCCCUGACUGCCACCCAGGCUGACACACUGAGACAGGUCCAGGAAAUUCUGGGAGGGUUGGUGUCUGGGGCCAGGUGUAAAUUGGACCCGUCCAGAGUGGCAGAAAGGCUCCUGGGUCCCAAUGGACCCCUGCAUGAUAUUCGUAGCUUGCAGAACCAGCUCCAGAGCUUGGAGGGGGUCCUGGAGACCAGCCAGAACACCAUUAAGGUCCUGCUGGAUGUAAUUCAAGACCUUGAGAAGAAGGAAGCUGAGAGAGAUGGAAGACAUUCCUACAGGACUGGACAGGACAUUGAGAACUGUGGGACCUGCAGGGACUGUGCCUGCAUCAUCUACAGCGUAGAGCAUGACUUUCGCCUGCAGGAAGGGCAGGUCGUUCGCACAUGGAAGGUGGGCGACCCUCCAGAGGGCUCACCGGAGCCCUCCACUCCCCAGCCAGCCACACCCCUCCAUCAAGACUCCCCUCAGCCGGUGCGACCCCCUGCCACCACCAAGAAGAACAGGAAGAAAUGCUUCUGGUUCCUCUGAGUGCUGGAGAAUGAAGCAAGAGAUAUUUUGAUACUCUUAUGCACUGCGUACCCGGUACUCCACUGCAUAUGCGGGGAAUAUAUAUAUAUAUAUAUAUAUAUAUAUAUGAACUAUGGUGGUUUGAUUGAAAAACAAGAGUGGAAAGAACUGGGGAAUUUAAAUUCAAACAUAAAACUGUGAGAGGAGAAAAACAUUACAAAGUUUAUGAUUUCUGCUGUUGCUGUUGGAGUUGAUGGGAAUGGUUCGACUGGAGCGCACAUGAGGUUACUGCUUUUAAAAUGCCUCUUCAGCACUUACAGGUUUGAUAUUGGUGCAGGGAAGUAGAAGUGCUGAAGUCAAAUAAAAGCAAAAGUUCAGAAUCACAGUUAGGAAGCAAUUAGGUGAUGUAAAGAGAGUAUACAACGGGUGGAUAGGGGCAAGGGGCACAGUUCAACGGGCAAUACAGCAGAGAGGAUAGAGAAUAUUUAUAAAGAUGACAUGUUAGAGUUUAUAGGCAAAAAGGGAAAAGGAAAGAGAGGAAGAAUUUAUCUCAUAAAUAGACUUUAUCAAUCAGUCAGAACACCAGCUUUUGUAUCCAGAGACAUUUAAGAAGAAUUAUUAUGGACUGUAUUUAAAAGUUUUAAUAUACUGUAAUUGAUGAAAUCCUGGUACACGUGUCUACAUGAACAUACAUGAACAUAUACUUAAACAAAUGAACUGACACAUUCACAUGCAAAGCAAAUAUAAAAUGAGAAAACUGGUGAAUUACAGUUCUGUACAUAUCAGAGCUAUUCUGCUUGGAUGCUAUAUUUCAGAUAUGGAUUACUGCUCUAUAAAAGUAUUUUACCACA